GGAGUGUGGAAACAUAUGCAUAUGAUCAACGACAUGUGCUGGUAUAUGUUGUCGGUGCCUGAGGACAUGGAUCAAGUUGCUGCACAUGUCCUGUGUGGAGUAAAUGCGGGAUGCAAGCCUUUGCCGACGAGACCGCCGAGAAAGGCAUAUGAUGUCCGUGAGUACGUCGUAAGAGGUUUCUUCUACCAAGCAGUGAAUCUUCCUAUAUCGGACCCUGGAGGUCUCUCGGAUCCAUUCGUCAAGAUGAGUAUUGGAGGAAUCAGCGGAAGUGAGUUUGUUGAUUUCAACUUGAAAUUGCAAUCCGGAGAGUCUCAUGAUGAAUUUGCUCCUACUCUUUUCGGCUCAAUAGAGCUCCACCCGUGA